CUUUGUUUAAUGCGUUGUUGUCACUAUCUUGAAAUUCUUAAUAAUUCUGAACAAGGGCUCCUGUGUGUUCACUUUGCACCAGGCCCCGCAGAGUACGUCGUUGAUGCUGUGUGUCACCAAAGCCGCUGGGGCGUCUCUUUGUUUCUCUGUCUCCUGGCACACGAUGGGCUUCCAGUAAAUACCGACUGAAUGGAAUUAUUAUCCACUGGGACCAGCGCAUCUUUUCUCCCGUCUGUCCUCUCCACCAGCACCUGCCUAGGCAGCGCGUGACUCCCGUAUAAUUGUGUGCAGAAUCCUUUGGCCAAGCGUGUGGAGUGGACUCGAUUACGCUCCGUUUCUCUGAAAGUCUUGUUCCAAUUCGUGGUCCAGCAGCUGUCCCAGCCUCCAGCCCUCUUGAACCAGCCUGGACGUGCCACGUGGGCGUCUGAAGACGCUAACGAGGCCUUGCUUUCUUGGGACACCGACAUUUUGACAAGAACCAGCAGCGAUGGCUCCUCUGCAGUAAUGGGAGUGUCGGAGAGCCGCGGGAUCGCGGACAGCCUCCAGAGGUUCUCCUCGCUGCCCGCUUACCUCCCCACGAGCUUCCGCGUCGCGGGCGCAGAGGCGGCCUUCUUCCUCAAGGAAGCCAACCAGGACGUCACGAGGAACGCCAGCCUGCAGGCCCGGACCGAGGCCUUCUUCGUCUACCGGGCCAGGGCGCCCCCGGCCGUCAACGCCAGCUACGGCCCCUUUUCAGCCCUGAAGGUCAUUCCCCGGGAGCUCCUGCUGCCUUCCACGCCCUUUGGAAAGACGAAGUUCCCCUUCAACUGGAAGCUGAGAUCCCACAUCCUCGACAGCUCCAUCUACUCCAACAGACCCAAGGUGCAGACCCUGUUCUACGUCGCCGGCAUGGCCUGGGAGGACGGUGACCCCGCGGAAGACCUCCCGUGCGUCAAAAUGUUCGCCUUCCCAGAGGCCCGGGAGGUGGCGGCCAGCUGCCGGCUGCAGGGCGCCCCGGGGCUGUGCGUGGCCGAGCUGGAGCUGCUGCCCGAGUGGUUCAGCUCCGGGCUGGACCUGGAGCCCGAGGAGGAGAUCCCGGCCCUGCUGGGGGGCACCGCCAUGGAGCUGUUCUUCGCGCUCUACCCGGCGGACCCGGCCGGCCGCUGUCCGCUGGAGGAGGACGGCAAGUGGGACAACAAGAUCCACUCGGGCCAGGACGGCCCCCGGCAGGCGUCCGAGGCCCGGGAGCGGAUCGGCAGCGUCGUGGUCUACCCGACGCAGGACGACCUGAAGUGGGCCCUGGUGAGCCUGGACCCGAACGUCGUCGUCUCGGUGCCUCUGAACCUCAUCCGGGAGGGCGACGCGGCCACCUUCUUGGUCUCCCUGACCAGUGGCUCCGUGGCAGACCACUUCACCCUUCGAAUUAAGGCAGCAGCAGGUGUGAAAAUAACAGCAGUGAGAGUCAGCAGUGAAGACCAAUGGGCAGUGCAGGAGGAAAUAGAUAACGGCAGCGUUCAGACCACGGCCGCCCUCACCUGUGUGGGCCACCUCCCGGACGUGCAGAGCAGAGCAAAUGGCUCCUUCUAUGAGAUCUUGCAAGUGGAUUUUGGAAUUGACAACAGCAGCGGUCUGGCGGGGGCCCAGCAAAUUACCUGGCAAGUGGAGUACCCGGUGGAUGACUCCAGGAGUGAGCUGGUGGUCUCCGAGAUCUUUGUCAGCCAGACAUCCUUCGUGGGCAUCGUCCCUCUCGCCAUGGACACGGAGGUGCUGAACACGGCCAUUCUCACCGGAAAGGCUGUUUCGGUUCCCGUCAAGGUCGUGGGUGUUCAAGAGGACGGUUCUGUGGUCGACGUGUCGGAGUCUGUGGAAUGCAGGUCUGCGGACGAAGACGUCAUCAAGGUUUCCAACACCUGCGAUUCCAUCUUUGUGAACGGGAAGGAAAUGAAGAGCAGAGUGGACACGGUCGUGAACUUCACCCACCAGCACUUCACCUCCCAGUUAGAGGUCACUGUCUGGGUGCCCCGACUGCCCCUGCAGGUGGAGAUCUCGGACACGGAGCUGAGCCAGAUCAAAGGAUGGAGGAUCCCGGUGGCCUCCAACAGAAGGCCCACCCGAGAGAGCGAGGACGAGGAGGACGAGGAGAGGAAGGGCCGGGGCUGCUCCUUGCAGUACCAACACGCCACGGUGCGCGUCCUCACGCAGUUCGUGGCGGAGUCACCCGACUUGGGUCAGCUGAGCUACAUGCUGGGCCCCGACUGGCAGUUUGACAUCACUGACCUGGUGAUGGAUUUCAUGAAGGUGGAGGAGCCGAAAGUGGCUCAGUUGCAGGAUGGCAGGACCCUGGUGGGUCGGGAGCCGGGCAUCACCACUGUGCAGGUCCUCUCGCCUCUCUCUGACUCCAUCCUGGCCGAGAAGACGGUGACCGUCCUGGAUGACCGCGUCACCAUCUCGGACCUGGGCGUGCAGCUGGUGGCUGGCUUGUCUCUUUCCCUGCAGCCGCACAGAGCCGACAAAAGAGCCAUUGUCUCCACAGCGGCCGCCCGAGACGUUCUCCAAGCCCCACAGCAGGAAGCAAUAGUCAGUUCUUGGAUCUUGUUCAGUGAUGGUUCAGUGACACCCUUAGACAUUUAUGAUCCCAAGGAUUUUUCAGUUACUGUCUCAUCGUUGGAUGAAAUGGUGGUGUCUGUCCAGACAAACCUUCAGUCCAAAUGGCCAGUGGUGGUGGCAGAGGGUGAAGGGCAAGGACCCUUGAUUAAAUUGGAAAUGAUGAUUAGUGAACCUUGUCAGAAGACCAAGAGGAAGAGUGUUCUUGCCGUGGGUAAAGGAAAUGUCAAGGUCAAAUUUGAACCAAAUAUUGAUGAUCACCAAGGAGGCACCAAUGAUAUUGAGGGCAUAAAUCGUGAAUAUAAAGACCACCUCAGUAAUUCCAUAGAGCGUGAAGGAAACCAGGAGAGAGCAGUUCAGGAAUGGUUCCAACAUGGCGCCUCUGUUGGCCAAGAAGAAGGUACCAACAAAAGCACAACCCCACAGUCUCCCAUGGAAGGAAAGGAUAAGAAGUUGCUCAGGAGUGGUGGUCCAGAUGCCUUCACAAGCUUCCCGACUCAAGGGAAGUUACCAGAACCCAAUAAUCCUAGUGACCUUACAGUGACUUCAAGGGGGUUAACCGACCUGGAGAUUGGCAUGUACGCCCUGCUCUGUGUCUUCUGCCUGGCCAUUCUGGUCUUCUUAAUCAACUGUGUGGCAUUUGCUUGGAAAUACAGACACAAAAGGUUUGCUGUGAGUGAGCAAGGCAACGUCCCCCAUUCCCACGACUGGGUCUGGCUCGGGAAUGAAGUGGAACUUUUGGAGAACCCCGUGGACAUCACACUCCCGUCGGAGGAGUGCACAACCGUGAUAGACAGGGGGCUGCAGUUCGAGGAGAGGAACUUCCUUCUGAACGGCAGUUCCCAGAAGACUUUCCACAGUCAACUGCUCAGACCUUCGGACUACGUCUAUGAGAAGGAACUUAAAAAUGAACCUAUACAUUCAUCGGGCCCAAAGAGGAAGCGAGUCAAGUUUACUUCCUACACUACCAUCCUCCCAGAGGACGGCGGCCCGUACACCAACUCCAUCCUGUUCGACAGCGAUGACAACAUCAAGUGGGUCUGCCAAGACAUGGGGCUGGGGGACUCCCAGGACUUUAGAGACUAUAUGGAGAGACUGCAGGACCAGAUGUGAACUCCUCUCUUAUGUUUGUACUCACCUUUAUGCCUUCUGUUUUCUGAGUGGUGGAGCAGUGAGUUUAUCAGCAAUAGGGGAUGACUUAGCAAAGCUUAACUUGUGGAGGUCUGGUGGGUCCCUUCCUGAGCAGGUAGCAGAGGUCUGGGGGGCUAUAGCAGCUGGGUUAGAAGCCAGGAAAUAUCUCUGAAACAGCCACAUGUAGGUCCUGGAGAAAUUCUAAGACAAAAGUUUUAUCUGCUGCCUGGUACAGGCCCAGUUCGAAUAUAAUAAACCUGACCCCACAGACAUUGUUAGUCAUCUCGUGAGAAAUGGCCAUGUGGAAUUAGAAAAGACUCGGUGUUGAUUUUUCUAUUCCUACAUCUUGUAAAGCACAGUGGACGUUUCUUGCCCUUGGCCUGAGCUUGGACAUACGUGAGGAUGCCGAAUGUAGCUGCCCUUAUUUGUUAUGAGCACUGCUGAUUAUUUUUAUAUACAUUUGCACCUGCGCCUGGUUCCUUUGACCUCUGGAAUUCUUUUUGAAACAUGAAGAAAAGAAAUUUCGUUCUUUCCUCUGAGGUCUGUUUGAUUUACACAUGAGUUUCCGUCCCUGAGAUCUGCCUCAUCACGUUAUUUCCUGGGUGUCCCUGCAGGAUCUUCUCCACUUUCCCCCACUUGAUCACUUAGGGGCGAGAGCUGAGAAGCUUAUCCUCGCUCUGUCUUUCCUUCUUUUUGUUGUUGAACUUUCUUGUAUGAGGCGGGGACGCGGGAUUUUACUUAAAAUAUGAAUAUGCUGUGAGGGAGACCAUUUCUUUACCGUUUUCUACAUGGAGCUUAAAACCUUUCCAGAAAAGUUGUGCACCAUGAACAUUUAUUUUGAUCUUCUGCUUGUGGGAGAUUCAUGAGGAACGCCUGGAGUACAUUUCUGAGGGCAAAAAGACCUCGAAAUGGCUGUUUUUAUACAAGUGCUUUGUGGUCAACACAAGUUGUUAUCCAAACUGAAACCAAAAUUUAGAAUGGAUGUACACAGAACGGAAAUUGCAGAGGAAAUUCUUUCAGAUUAAACUUGCCAUUUUACCAGAACACAAAAUUUUUAAAAAGUAAGUAGAAUGAUGUUUCAACUUAGCAAUAUGUAGAAAUUCAUCCAUACAAUGCCUCCCCCCGAGACUCUGGCAGAGAUAAAACCUACACAGGGUGUGCACCAAGGGGGAGAAGCAAUGGGUUUCCCCCCAAAUUCAUAAAAAUAAAUGACUUAGUUUCAGAGCUUAAGAAGCAGCAGUUACGAUGAAAAACCCUAGCUAGUGGAAAAUCAACGUGGCAAGAGAAAAAGCACAUGAUUCCUGUAUAAUUUUAAAAUAAAAGGUGUUUUUCAAAGAAUAGCAUGAAUGGUUUCCAGCAAAGCAAGAAUUUCAGAUUAGGAAAUUAUGAAAACAUUUUUAUUAAGAUAGGAUAUCUGGAAAAACAGACAGGACAAGUGUGCCUCCUUACGAGUUCCCUGAGCCGCUGGCAUCUGUUUCUUAGUGGCAGGGCCUCAAGGAUCUGCAGAAGGUGUCCGAAGCAGUUCUUGACUACAAAUGGCUGUCAACUGAGCUGUACGAAAGAGAGACAUUCAAUUGUUCUCAUAGAUUUCUGUGCCGGGGAACAUGACAACCCAGCCUCCUCUAGCCGUGACAUGGCAGCCACAAAGUUCUACCUGUGUCUCUCGCCCACAGGACUACAGUGCGUUUGUAAACCCUUCAUCCGUUACCAGUGAUGUUGGCCUGACCUCCAGAGGUUUAAAUCUCGGUUUUAAAAUUGGGGUUAGGAACCGAAGCUGGUGAAUUUCCAAAAAUCUUUCAAUUUGAUUGGCAAGUGAAGCCAGGAGGUCCGGGCAUUAGCUCCAAAAGCAGUUUGCAAGGAGAUGGCUGACACCUUGUAGGAAGAGCUCCUCCAUUAGCCAAGGAUGCUGCCAGUGCUUUAGAAAGGGUUGGGUGGGGAGGGAGCUCAAAACUGACUGUGUAGGGCAGAAGGAAAGUUCAUGUGCUGAUUAAAACAUAGCCAUCCAAACGCGUCCUGCUCCUCCUCUAAGAUAUUCUCAAGUUUCUCUCCCUUGGAUCCUCAACAUUCUAGAAAUAAUGAGAAUAUCAUUUCUGGAACUGAGGAAGCUCAGCUGAUAUGGGGGUGAAGCUCUUUCUCUCACACACACAGCAGGCUGCCUCCGCUGGGAGGUGGAGACUUUGGGUGGGGGUGUCAUUCGGGAGGGGGCAGGGGAAGCUACCGUUGUCAUAGGGAGCCUUAUUAAGGAGCAUACAAAUUAGAGCAUUUCCUGUGGUCUGUGUGCUUGAUGCGGCACAGAGAGCAAACUGUGGAGCGUUAGAGCGUCACUGGUUUCUCAGCAGAGCUGGAAACUGCCCCCUGUCCUAAGACGCCCCCUGCGGCUGCGCUGUCUCACCCGGAGUGACACAGGCUCGUCCAGUCACCUUGGCUAGUUACGCUGAGACUCAGUUCCAUGUAAUCAAAUGGAAGAUCAUAGAGGAGGGGGUCCCUCUUACUAUAGAACGCAUGCUCGCCUAUACACACACAUUGAUACGUGUGUGUGUGAAUAGGGAAGAGCAGAGAAUACGGGCGUUAGUAGGAAUCAACCCUGUUAGUUGUUCUGAGGUUCGACGUGGGCACUGCUCGGCUCAACAGAAGUUCACUGGAGUUCUUUCCAUUCUGAAUAUUUCCUGCCCACCGGAAAUCCUGGGUUAUGUCUGCUUGUUUUUCAACUAGUCAAAUUAAAACGAAAAGGAACUCUACCCCAAAAUAUUUAAACUAAAAUAGGGGUAAAGAUGUAAGUUAAGCCUUGAAAUACAAUUUCUUGGGGCCCUGCAUUUGCCUGGAUUUUCCAGGUUUUUCUGGCUCAGAGAUCCAUAUGAUUGGUGUGAUAAAUAACCUGAACAAAACAACGUUGAUAAAGCCCCUUCCUCUCCCGUGAGUGGAAUGCUUGGACCCCCCUGAGGAACACACUAGCAAACCUCUCGAGGGCCGCCAGGCCGCGACCUCGCUGGCUCACGUGGAGGGCAGUUCAGGUGCUGCAUGAGGACCAGCCCACCUAGGACAGCAGGGGAGGCGAGACCACAGUUUCCAGGGGCCGGAUGUGCUGCUUUCCAGGCCAGCGCACAGGGGUCGAGAAGCAGCCGCCACUCAGAAGAACCGGAGUUUAAACACACGCUGUCGCAUUUGAGAGAAAGCAGGAUGAAAGGACACAGGAAGUUUCCCCAGAAAAACACCACCUAGCAAACCUCAGAAUUCUCCACGUGCACCAAGAGAAGGAGUAUUGACAUCCUUGUUGUUUUGUAGUGCACCCUGGCCAGGCUAAGUUCCCAGCCUCGAAUAAUCCUUAAACUCCAGGCAGAGAGUCUCUAUUUACAAACAUUAAUGCAGGGGAAAAAAUGGAUUAAUUUUUGUCCCAUGGCCACCUCUGUAGACCAAGUAUUUUGUACCUUGCUGAUUUUUAAGUUUUAGAAAGUUUGUCUUUGUGCGUUUUGAUCAACAUUCUUGUCUCGCUCGCUUAGAAAGGCGUCUUCCCCAUGUUGGGAUGUUGGGGCCACAGCAAAGGCUCUGUCUGUCAGAGAACUAGCCAGCGCAUCUUCAGUGACCACAGAGGGUGGUUUUAUCUGAAUCCUACAUUUUCAUUGACACCAUUGUGUUUUCUACUCUGAUCAUCUCAAAAAUGGCCUCAAUACUCCAUGCUGGUCUUUGUAAAUGACACGAUAGAUGGUUUCUAAACUCAGAAACCGUCUCCUCCAUAAAAAUUAUACAUGUGUAAUGUGAUGCUUAUCGCCUGUUAUGUAAAGGGACAGUACGAGUGGUGGAAAACUUAUGUUAAAAUACGGAUAGCAGAUAUUUUUGUAUGUAAUAUAGCCAAUAUCCUGAAGCACUGAGAAGUGUAUUGGAAUAAAUACAUUUUAAAAUAAAAGCAUGCAAAGCCGUAGCUUUUAAAUGUACAGACGUCCCACUCAAAAAUAUCUAAACUGAUGGUGGGGAAGCGUUGGGACCUCACAUCAUGAAAUGCACUGAAUUAGCAAUGCAGCCUGGAAAAGGCCUGGCUCGUGUCGGGAUCGUUGAUGGAAGCUGCCAGAACAUUUUGCUUUUACUCGUCAUUACUUUUGGAAUUUUUUCAUUUCUCUUUUUUUCUGGAAAUAUUUCAGAAAUAAAGUGACUUCGUUUUCCAGCAUAAAGGUAUAUUCUAACCACAGGGUAACUCAUCAUUUUUAAUAUGGAAAUAAACAUUUAAACGUUC